AGGGCUUCUCGUGGUAUACUGGUGUAACUAUAAAACGACCCCUCCUAAAAGGUCAACAGAAUGGCUUCCACGAUGCAGUUGGAGUUUUCACAGGCCAUGUCCGACUUUAAGAACAUGUUCCCGGACAUGGAUAGGGACGUUAUUGAGGCGGUGCUACGUGCCAACCAGGGUGCCGUAGAUGCCACUAUCGAUCAGUUGCUGGCCAUGAGCACGGACAAUCAGAACGAAAAGCUGCGUCAUGAGCUGGAAACUGACGGUAGUGGUCCGAGGCCGGGUGUCGCCAUUAAUCAAUCCACCGAUCGCCCGCUGCUCGAUCUGUCCAGCGAUGUGCCGGGCGCUGGAUCGGAACGAUUCCUCAGCACUUCCCCGAACGCGACCGCCAGCUCAAUCGUUGCGCAACAGUUGGGCGCGUCGCCAAAAAUACGCAAACCACCUGCCGGUAGUGCGACCGGAAGCGCCACCAACAGUCCCCGCGCACACGCCGGACAGCAAGCGACACAGCAGCUACGCAACGAUACGACACUGGGCGAAAGAUCGGCCGGAUUCGCUUCCACCACGGCCACCAUGAACCGUCGCUGGAAUCCACCGCUCGUUGGGCCACUGCCGUCGACUUUUUUGCGGCUCGGUGGAACGGCCGGCGGUACGAUCGGGCCGGACGGUACGUACCGCAGCACCGAGUUCGAUCUUGGUGACGAACAGUUCGCGAUGAUGCUGCAAAACGAAGAGUUUAUGGCGGAGCUGCGAUGGAACCAGGAGUUUCUGUCCGCGCUGGAGAAGGACCAUCAAGGUAAGGUGCAGGAUGAUGCCGCGUUCAAGGAACGGUUGCGCCACAUGGGUAAGGUGUCGCGCAAAAAGUUCGCCCAGCUGGCGCGUGUCUUUACGUGGCAGCGCGGCGGCAACAAGAAGGCUAGUGCCGUACGGCAUCCGGACUCGUUGUUGCUGCAGGAGGAGCACAGCGACGAUGAGGCGGAACCGAAGCGGGUUGCAUCGGGCAAAAAGUAGAACGAGCUCGUGCGUAGCCACACCGUUACGCCCGGGUUGCGCUAAGCUUAACAUAUAUGUAGGAGUAGGUUUAAGAAGACACAGCUAGAGGCGUUCGAUGUGCUACCGUUUUUUCUGUGGAAUCACCUUGGAGAACCUCCUAACUGGAAGGUGUACGCGCAACAUUAGCAAUCGAUUUUAGAGUUUAAAUUUUUAAUUCUUACCUUGUAGUCCGUGUACGUGCGGUAGUGCGUACGCGCUAACUUCUCUGAACUAGGCAAUGAAGAGACUGUGUGUUUUCCCCCGAAUCUCCCCUCCAUUUCUCUUUCAAACAUCGCUCCCUUCCCGGUGGUUCUUUUGAAAGGAACCUGAAAAACAAGAAGGAAAACCUUCUUCUACAAGGUUGUAGUGUACCUUUCCUUCCUUCCGGUACUAUCGCCACCUAACGAUACUGGCAUGCAUAGGAUACGAACAGAUGAAUGAAUGAGACUGGGCGAGCAUUUUGCACGCAUGCUGAUAGGUAACAAAAGAAACAAACCGCGAGUGAUAGUGGUGAUGGUGAUAAUCCGAUGAGCUCUAAGGAGGAACAAAAAAGUCCAAUCAACUCCCGUCUUUGAGCUUCCCAUCCUUCCCGCUGCGCUAGUUUCCUGCCUUUUGUUUGUCCCCGUUUGUGACGACGGUUCCUGUUUUCCCAAUCAGAUCUGAUAUAUUUAUUUGUACAUAGUAUGUAAGUUUGUUUGACGCUUUGUUAUUGCCAUAUUAUGUGCGAUCUGAGUUGCAAUUAGUGUUUAUGAAAGAAUAUUUAUUUUACCGACUUAAAAACGCGUAUACAUUUGAUCGUUAAUUAUGGACGGAUUUAAAUUAGUUUAAUGUGUGUUAUUUUGUUUCCUACACAUGCUGCCUCAUACGCACGCCAUCAAUGUUAGCAAGAAAAGAAUGUCAUUUAUUUGUUCCUUUUAGUUCCCUAGUUAAAGCAAAACAAACAAAAAAAACGAAACAAACGCAACUUUGUUAGCUUGCGACGAGGUUGGGCAAACACCAUCAAAUAAUAAGAUAAAUGCAGAACAAAAACAUUACAAGUGAAGGAAACUAUAAGAAAAGAAUAACGAAACAUUUACAUACACAUAUUUAAAUUUAAAAAAAUAUAUAUACACAUAUAUACAUAGAUGGAAGAAAGUAGGGUAAACAUAAAACAAGACAGAGAGAGAGAGGAAAGGGCAAUGAAGUAAUAGAACAGAAGAACGAACCGAAUUACAUUGCGAAUGUAACCAUGGUGUACUAGUCAUACUGUUACGAUCGACAGAUCAUAAAGAAGUUAAAACAUGGAUAGGAAUUCGUUCUCUCCCUCGCUCUGUCCCAUCGAACGAUAUGCCACCAAACAGACUUCACCGAUGGUCUAUGAAGGAUGUAGAGCAACGCAUACAUUUCACCGCAAACGAUAGUGCAAAAAUGAUACUAAACAACCAAAACCUAAAGCAAAAGCGAUAUAAAUAGCUAAUGUGCAACAUACCUAAGCACUGGGGGGUCACAGGUCAACACAAUUAAGGGAGAGGGCAAUGCAUUUGAUUUUAAUUUUUUGCAUGUGAUUUUCCGUUUGCAUUUGCAUAUACUUAUAUUAGCGUGGAAGACGGUGACGGUGUCUGGUGUUCAUUGCUGGGAGAAGACGUCGGAAGGCAAGGUUCCGAUUGUUACGAAAAAAAAACCAACAACACACUCAAGCAAUCUCAAUGAUAGAAUCUAAUGCAAUUGAUAUGCGCAAUUCCUGUACACGCAACUUGAAACCAAAUUUAACCUUAAGUUUGUGUAGUUUUAUAAGCAUCGUGAGGUUACCAAUUGGGUUGCAAUUUCAACUUUGGUUUCUUUAGCCAGUAAUCGUUUUACUUGUUUAUGACUAUGAACGACCUUAGGGAUACCUAGCAUUAAUUUAUGUUUGUAAUAAUUAAAAACGAACGUUUUGCUUAUGAGAUUCAUUCGGAAAUUUUACCCUGUGAACCUUUUAACUCGAUUGGAAUAGUAAAAACUUGUGUAAAUUCCACAUUACUUACUCGCUUGCGACGAUGCUGCAACCGUUUCGCGGUCUUGGGCUACUAGACUGUAAAUCCAUUAUUUCGAUCUUUCUGGAGGAUGCUUCAGACGCUAUCACACCAUUUAAAUUUCGGCCUACCACGUCUCUUUUUUCCAUGGGAACGACCGGCUGGGUCGUCUGGUGUCAUUUUAAUGAAAUGAACAGCCUCCCUGACAGUGUAAGUCAGCAGUCUAGCACCUCUUCUCAGCAUCAAUUCUGUUGCCGGUGCUGACCUUUCACAUAAGAGAGGUGAAUGUUGAACAGCUUCAAUCGAGCGAUCACCUAUCUGCAGCUAUUGCGUUUGUCUGAAUCUGUUAGCAGAGCCGCUAGUGGUAUAACCAUCAAGAAAAUUAAGAUUUUUUUCAGAAAUUCAGCAUUAUUUGUCCAUUUUUAAUAAACGUUAGGUUCUGUCCUAUAUAACCAUGCUUUUUAAAUUGCUUCUAUGAUCGCUUCGCGUAUGAUCCGCUUCCAUUUGUUGAUCUUCCCAAAAUUCCUACAGUUGUUUUUUCAUCUUUCCCUUAAACUUUGCCAAUUAUUUGCUCUAUAUUAUCCUUCCUCUGUUAGCAUCAAAUUUUAUUCUAUCCCUUGUUAAUUUUCCUGAUCGUAACACAUCUAAUUCGCGCGUAACCUGUCGCUUUGUAUAACCAGUUUUCAUCAAACUAUAUCCGCUUAAUAGAAACAAUAGAAACAGAACUAAAAAAUUAAAUAAAUCCCUGACACGGUUAACACACUAAAGAACAAGUUGGGAAUAAAAACAAACAAACAAACAAAAGCCACAAAUGCAUUAGUAAAUGCAUCGAAACAAAGUAGCGAUGCACUACUAAUAAGAAACAAGUUCAAGCCAAAUUGAACAACGUUAAAUCCCAACACCUUACUUUAGCUUGUCUCUUUUGGUUGUGGUAAAGAACGGUGCAUAUUCGGAAGGUUAAAGGGGAAGAAUUCUGCAUCAAAGCCAUUAAAGCGAGCAUCCAGCUUUGCAUUUCCUCAAAACAGAAGUGAGUGAGCGUUUGCGAGGAUAACGAAGAUGUUUACCGAAUUGUGAGGAACGAAACAAAAAAAAAAACGUUAGAAAGUAGAAACAACAAACUUUCCCCAAAAAACCCAUCGUCACAACUAGCGGCUAGAAUGUAACAAUCUCC